CUUCAAGAUUCAUUUCUUCUUAGGCAUACCUGGCUCGCGUUGUUUAUUGAUCCCUCCUCACCAUUGACGAGUGUAUUUCAGCGCUUCUCUUCUCUUCAAGAUCCCGACGCCAUGAUUCCCCGAUCAAUCCACCGAUCGUCAAAACGACUAGCCACGGCAAAUUCAUCUCUCCGCUCCUCAUCUUCUAUCGUCCGCCGAGGGUAUUUAAUACAACACAGACCAAAUAAGACGAGCUCAGUCAUCGGUAUCACGCCCAAAUCCCACAAGUUGUCCGCAUUUCACACGUCUUCGGCGAAAUGGGCCCAGUCUCCGACCGCCGAUGAGGUUAUGGAAGAUCUCAAUGAGCUGUACGCGACGGCCAAGGAUGAAUUUGAAAUCGCCGCAGAAGAGACGGAAAAGAAGACAGUCUAUGCGGCAGACGAUCGAGAGGCGGCCCAGGAGGCUUUGAAGUCUCUACAGGAGGGUUUCUCUAAGGCGAUUCGAGAAAGUGCCCCCGAAGUGGCAAAGGAGGUACAGACGAGAGUCGGCCCUCGAAUAAGAGAAUUGGAAAAUGCUGUCAAGGCAAUGGAAGAGAUGGCCAUGGAAGACUGAGCGUAGUCACCUAGACCUGCAUCCAGCCAUUAUUUCAUUCGGCCAAGUUCAAUUACCCUAGAGGAGUUGAGUACUGCUGCGAGUCGCCAUCCAGCCUAUGAGCUGUUUUAUUGACGCAUGUACAUUACGGGGUCAACUUAGAUGGCGACACCCACUUUAUUUACAGCGAAAAGAACUGGUUCACGUGUAAGAAAGCAGUAAUCGUUCACCAAUUC